AUGCCGUCUAAUCAGCGAUUUUUGUUCCUCGAGCAGGUCAGGGCGGGCGGCGGCGGGGGAGGUGACAGUUCGAAGACGGUGUACUUAAUCGGUGGAAUUGUGCUUCUGCUGCUUCUGAUGGGAUUGGUUUAUUUGGUUGGAUUUUCAGGAAGUUCAGCUGUGGAACCGACUGGCGGGGAGGACGGCUUGGGUGGCGGCGGUGAUCCUCCCGCGUACGUAAAGCCGCCUCCGACGACGACGAAAGUGGCACCAACAGGCACAGCAACUCACACUGGCGUCACGAGCCGAUCACCGCCAGGACCAUCCCCGCCAAAAUCAUCCUCACCGAAACCACUCUUACCAAAACCCGCCCCACCCCCUCCACCUCUUCUGGUAACAUCGCACAUAUUGGCUUGCACGGUCGGACACGAGAGCGUGCUCAUUGAUAUGGUGCCCCCCGAUGGAACAUGUGACAUCAUAUUCUACACGGACGUCUUCUUCAACGACAAGAAGAAUCGCAUAGAGCCCUUGUACGGCGACACCGCGUUCAAGGUGGUCCGAUCCGUAGCAGCUUCGUACACGAAGACAACGUUCGGGACUUCGAUGCACCCGGGGACGAUCGGCCAAUUCAUACACGACAAAUCGAAGAAUAUUGAGAACGCCAUGGCCAAACUCCUCACUGACAGGUUCGUGCACUUCGGCAUGCUGAACGUAGAUAUAGACGACGCCUCCCUGCGUAAAGAUGGACCACUCAUGUACUUGAGUAUCGUGGAAAACUUCCAAACUACACCUGGCUACCACCGCGCCUUGGGAUUAGGCCUGAACAAUGCAUUAUUAGGCCCAGUACUGAAUUACAUCAUCCAGUGA